AUGGCCUGGGGAGAUGCUGCACAUUGGGCUGGAGAUUUGGAGACUGGCAAGGUCUAUGCCUUCGAGGGAUUGGCUUUGGAAGAAGCCAAACUCAAGUAUAUGAGAGCUAACAACUGGUGGCAACUUCAACUGCAUACUGAAUGUGCAUGUGUUUGGAACAUUGUGGAUAAUGGACUCAUUCCAAAGAUUUACUUUGAUUUCCACCAUUUGAAUGUGCUGGAGAAGAUUGAUGCCAACCAACAUGUUGAUAUUGUGGGCAUUAUCCUUUGCAUGGGACAACCCAUCAAAGGGAUGACAACUGUGACUGAUGCAGACAGCAGCACAAGUUAA